UCAUACCUGACACGCUGGAGAAUAAAUCGUUGAUUGUGCCAGCAUUUAAAUGGCACGUGUAGACUUUAAACAUGGCAUAGCUUGAAGGAUCUUUUCGAGUCUUUUUCCUCUGGGUCUCCGGCAAGGAUUGUCAUGCUGGGAUUAGACGCUGCUGGAAAGACAACAAUAUUGUACAAGAUAAAGCUGAAUGAGAUUGUGUCCACCAUCCCUACCAUAGGUUUCAAUGUGGAGACUGUGUCCCCCGUAAAGGGCGUGACCUUCACCGUCUGGGACAUCGGGGGUCAGGACAAAAUCAGACCACUGUGGAAACACUACUUUAAUAACACCGAAGGAUUGGUGUAUGUUGUGGACAGUAAUGACAGAGAGAGAAUCCUGGAGUCACGUGAAGAACUGUUUGGGAUUUUAAACAGCGAUGAAAUGAGAGGAGUUCCGGUGGUGGUCAUUGCCAACAAACAGGAUCUUCCGAAUGCAUUAAGUACCUCGAAAGUGGCAGACCUGAUGAGCUUACACAAGCUGACUUCACGGAAGUGGUACAUUCAAGCCGCCUGCGCAACAACAGGUGAAGGGAUUUUUGAGGCCAUGAAAGAGCUGUCCUCCAUGGUAAAAGAAUACAAGAAAGAGAUGAGAUAAAGCCGAUAAUAAUGUGUAUGAAAUACAACACUGAUUGUGACACACCAAACAUCGUCUGGGAGAAUCCUGCGCCACGACAUUGCCCGCUGUCCGUGGUUCCGUGUGUUUUCUUGAUAUUUGACUCACAUUAAAACAUCGUUGGUUUCAUUGGAAGGCAGUUUUCAUGUCUGUAAAAAUAACGAAAUCGUUAAUUUUUAUUGAAGUUUUAUGAAUUUGUAGAACUGAAUGUUGGUAAAAGCUUCGAUUUUGUUAUCACACUCGAGGCAUUUGUGUUACAUUUCAUUAUAUAUUCGUAUGUGUCUUCUUAAUAGCUUAAUGAAAACAGCUUAAUGUUUUUGCAAACCUCAGUGAUUUAAGUGAUAUAUUCAUAUUUUUAUUCAUUCAUUUUGAUAAGAUACGUUUUGUUAACAAAAAUAAUAUGUUAACAAUCAUACAUUAUUUUUACAUUUAUACUGAUAAUUUAUAUUUUGAUACUGUUAUUUUUAUUUUCAAUUGUUACGUUUUGUUAACAAAAAUAAUAUGGUAACAAUCAUGCAUUAUUUAUACUGUUAUAACGAUAAUUAAU